AAAAGUCAGAAGAAACAGCUUGUGACCUUAAGCGGUUUCUCCCCUUGAGAGUUGAUGCUUCUGCCUCUACAGUCCCACAGAGCCUUCAAGGGGAUUAUAUCAGACCAUGGGUGCUAAAGUCUUGGGAAACCAUAUAGCCCUGCCUACAUGUGACCUGACCCGUCCCAGCCCUCUGCACCAGCUCACUAGGCUCUGCCGAGGCUAACGUAGCCUAGUGGCUGAAGUCAUCUCUACCCCUGGAAGGACACCCCUAGAACACCCUACCCCGAAAGACAAUCUCCUUUGGUAAUCCAGAACGCUCCUGCAAUGCAGCUCUGAACAGCAGGGGGCAGUCUGGAGCCUGAAAGGUGCCUGUUCAGGUGGGAGCCACAGCCAGGUUUCUCCCGCUGACUAUCCCGAUGACUCACCCCGCACAUCCCAGCCCUUUUACCUUUAAGGAAGAGCCGGAAAGGGUGUGGGGAGAAGAGGAGGAGGCAGGGCCCAAGGCCCAGGCCCGCCCAGGCCCCUCCCAACCCUUCUCCAGGCCUUGUCACCCCAGCCAAAAGGCAGACGGAGAGCAAGAGCCCCACAGAAUCCAGCAUUGGUCUCACGGCAGCCAGUUCGCCCGCCUGUCUGUCCUCGGAGUCAUGGAGAGAGCCAGUCUGAUCCAGAAGGCCAAGUUGGCCGAGCAGGCCGAACGCUAUGAGGACAUGGCAGCCUUCAUGAAGGGUGCCGUGGAGAAGGGUGAGGAACUCUCCUGCGAGGAGCGGAAUCUGCUCUCCGUGGCCUAUAAGAAUGUGGUGGGCGGCCAGAGAGCGGCCUGGAGAGUCCUGUCCAGCAUCGAGCAGAAAAGCAACGAGGAGGGGUCGGAGGAGAAGGGCCCCGAGGUGAAAGAGUACCGAGAGAAGGUAGAGACGGAGCUCCGCGGGGUGUGCGACACCGUGCUGGGCCUGCUGGACUCCCACCUCAUCAAAGAGGCCGGAGAGGCAGAAAGCCGCGUCUUCUACUUGAAGAUGAAGGGUGACUACUACCGCUAUCUGGCCGAGGUGGCCACUGGCGAUGACAAGAAGCGCAUCAUUGAUUCUGCCCGCUCAGCCUACCAAGAGGCCAUGGACAUCAGCAAGAAGGAGAUGCCGCCCACCAACCCCAUACGCCUGGGCCUGGCCCUGAACUUUUCUGUCUUCCACUACGAGAUAGCCAACAGCCCCGAGGAGGCCAUCUCACUGGCCAAGACCACCUUCGACGAGGCCAUGGCCGACCUGCACACCCUCAAUGAGGACUCUUACAAGGACAGCACCCUCAUCAUGCAACUGCUGCGAGAUAACCUGACGCUGUGGACAGCCGACAAUGCUGGGGAAGAGGGUGGAGAAGCUCCGGAGGAGCCCCAGAGCUGAAGCCGUCUGUUCCCUCCCUGCCCUGCCUUGCUCUCCAGUCCCCAGUCAGCAGAGAGGACUAAUACGGAGUGGGACCCGGCCCUUUCCCACCCCCUGAAUGUUCUGCCACACCCUGAAAGCCUCCUUGGAAGGGGUGCAGCCAGGCUGAGGUCACCAGGGGCUAGGGAUCCCUCACUUCAUGCAGCUAUCUGGUGGGUGUUCCUAGCCCUGCCCACCCCCUGCUCUCUGCACCCCGACUUCCUUA